AUGGUCGGCGUUCAGCUGCCCGUCCGUGUUGCCGGUCUGUUGAUGGCCAAGGAGCUCGAGUACUUCGGCAAGGCUCUUGAGAACCCUGCUCGUCCCGUUCUCAGCAUUCUCGGUGGUGCCAAGGUCGCUGAUAAGAUCCAGCUCAUCAACAACAUGCUCGACAAGGUCGAUCUUAUGAUUAUUGGUGGUGGCAUGGCCUUCACUUUCGCCAAGACCCUCUACGGUACCAGAAUCGGUGGCUCCUUGUACGACGCUGAAGGUGCCAAGAUCGUCCCUGAGUUGAUGGAGAAGGCCAAGGCUAAGGGUGUUGAGAUCCUUCUCCCCACUGAUUGGCUCUGUGCUGAUGCCUUCUCUAAUGAUGCUAACACUAAGGUGUGCACUCAAGAGGAGGGAAUCGAUGAUAAGUGGAUGGGUCUUGAUGUCGGUCCGGAGUCCACCAAGCGCAGCAUUGAAAUGGUCAAGAAGGCCAAGACCAUCGUUUGGAACGGUCCUCAGGGCGUGUUCGAGUUCCCCAAAUUCGCCACUGGUUCUCUCGCCGUUUUGGAUGCUGUUUGCGAGGCCACCAAGGAGGGUGCAAUCUCUAUCGUUGGAGGUGGUGAUACUGCCGCUAUGGUUGAGCAGGCCGGCAGGGCUUGUGAGAUCUCUCAUGUCAGCACUGGCGGCGGAGCCUCUCUUGAGUUGCUCGAGGGUAAGGAGCUUCCUGGUGUUGUUGCUCUUAGCGGUAAGAACUAA